AUGGCCACUUUUGCAGCCUCGAGUCUUGAAGCAUGCAGCUCAGAGAUUGCAGAGACAUUUAUCGUACCAUUAGCGAAACCAAAGUCAUACUGGCGCUUCUGGCCUACGCUAUUCAUUCAGUCAGACGUACAGUGCACUGAACAGGCAGUGCGGAUGAUGAUUGAUGCCCAUAGCCCUGACCCAACUGUCUCACCCGUCUCCCGAUUCUCCUGGGUCACUUUCAGUGCCCUAACUCUCAUUAGCAGCCGGAUCUGGUCUCUCUUCGUCUCUAUGAACCAAUCCGCCAGGCACGCAGUAAAGUUGGCCAGCGUCACUGAUCAAUACUAUAGAUAA